GCAUGGAGCCGGUGUCGCUGCAGGACUUCGUUUGCGCCCUGGACCUCGCCUCCCUCCCGCGUGUGCUGCGGGUCUGCUCGGGGGUCUACUUCCAGGGCUCCAUCUACGAGAUCUGUGGGAAUGAGUGCUGCCUCUCCACAGGGGACCUGAUCAAGGUCAUCCAGGUUUGCCUCCAGAAGGUGGUCUGCAAGAACCCAGAAACGGGCCAGACUGUGGAAAUCUCCCCCAACUUCCCUGGCCGCUUCACCCCCCUCACCGGCCCUCAGAGCUACAGAACCUUGGAGGAGUUGCUCUCUGCUGCAACCCAGCGCUCCAGGAAGCUGCCCAUUGGCUUCAUGUCAACACACAGAAUCAGCACAGAGGCCAGGGUGGUGCCCAGGGACCAGCCCCUCCUGCUCGAGGAUGUGGAAGCAUACCAUGGGACCUACCGUGCCCGCUGUGUGCUAGACACUGAAACCCAGCAGUUCAUUCUACACCUGCCCCUCUCCCAGAAGGGGCCCUUCUGGGAGUGGGAGCCUGGUGCCCCUCAGCCCCUGCUCCAGGCCCUGCAGGACCCAGCCCUGAGUGACCGCCUCUUCACCUGCUCCACCCUCCCCUGGCGGUCCCUGAUCCUGAGGCCCCAGUAUGAGCUCCAAGCCAUCAUGCACAUGCGCAGGACCGUUGUCAAGAUCCCCUCCACCCUGGAGGUCGACGUGGAAGAUGUCACCGCCUCCUCUCAACACAUCCACUUCAUCCAACCACUGCUGCUGAGUGAGGUCCUGGCUCGAGGAGGCCCCUUCCCUAUGCCCACGGAGAUCCUGGAAACUCCGGGGGGGCCCCCCAUCUUCCUUGGCCCUUGGGUAGGCUCCUUACAGAAAGGCCAGCGGCUCUGCAUCCAUGGCCUGGCCUCACCACCCUGGCGGAUCCUGGUCUCAGCCAAGGGCCGGAAGGUGCCCAGACACUUCAUGGUCUCUGGGGCUUAUCAGGGCAAGCUGCGGCGGCGGCCGAGAGAGUUCCUCACGGCCUGUGACCUCCUGGGUGCUCUCCAGCCAGGCCAACCGCUCCGGGUCGUGGCCACAAAGGACUGUGAGGGCGAAUGGGUAGAGAGCCCCGGGUUCACCUCCCUGGCUGUGGGCGACAGGCUGGAGGUGUUGAGGUCUGGCCAGGCCCAGGGGGCUCAAGGCCAGGACAUAGAUGUCUUGGUGUGUCAGCGGCUGAGUGACCAGGCUGAGGAGGAGGCGGAGGAAGAGUAUGAAGAGGUAGAAGGUGAAGACCAGAUUCUGCUGCCCCUCUACGUCUCCAGUAGUUUUGUGGAGGAGAUGAGUGAUAAUCGGCGCUACAGUCUGGAAGAUCUGAUGGCCCAGUUUUCACUGCCCUGCGAAGUCAAGGUGGUGGCCAAGGAGAGCAGCCAUCCUGCUGACCCUCUGCCCUCCUUCCCAGGCCUGCGGCUGGAGGAGAAAAUCAUGGAACCCUUCUUGGUGGUCAGCCUCGACUCCAACCCUGAGAUGUGCUUCGAGAUCCCUCCCCGGUGGCUGGACCUGACUGUUGUGGAGACCGAGGGGCAGCCUGGCCAGCCAGCUGGGACCCCCCCGGUAGCCACAGUAGAGGAGGUGACAGAUGCCUUCUACUACACCCUCCGGCAGUUACCAGUCUUCGAGAACCAACCCCCUCCUCCUAGGCCCCCCAAAAGUCAGGGCCUCGGUGGGCAGAAGAAACAAAGCGGCAAGAACAAAAGUGCCCAGGCUUCUCAAGUCUCAGAACUGCCGCAAGCCUCUCUGCUCCCCAAACCCAAGAUGAAGACCCUGCCACAGAGUGCCAAGGACAGUUCACAUACAUACAGCAAGGUUUCUGCCCACACGAAGGGCCUCAGGCACAUUAAGUCCAUCACAAAAGAUCCAGGUAACGAUGAACAUGAUUAUGAAGAAAUACUUGAGACAUUUCGGAACAUCCUUUAGAUGCUGGAGGAACCCUGCUUCCUAACUGCUGUUUCUCGGGGAAUCUCUGAUACCAGCCAACCGUUACAAGCCUUUACAAGACCUCAGACAAGAUCUCAUGAAAUCAGACUGUGGACAGGAAAUGGCUUCGUGGGGACCAACGUGAAAAGGGAUGGCCAUUGUACCAGUGCUUUCCUCAGGUUCUAGGUUCCUGCCACUGAGGGCUGGCUUGUUUGGGCCCAGCACCUUAUGCUGGACUCCCUCAGCCUCAGAGCUUUGGUAUACAGAGGAGCCAACUGGGUUCUGUUCAGUCCUGAGUCCCCAACAUCCGUGUCUCACUGGUUGGUGCAGGAAGGAAUCCAAGACCACCAACCUUGAUGGUAGCAGCACAGUGUUUCCUGCCUCUUGGUAAAGGGAACUCGAUCCGGAACACACUGCCCUGAGAGCCUUUUCUUCUGUUUGCCACCCCCUCGCCCUCCUCCUCCCCCACCAAACUCUAAGACCCUGAGAGAGCAGGACUGUGUCAUCUGUGUAGGACGCAGCACGAUAGUUGCACGUGACGAUCCAGGAUUUUUUCACUCUAAAACCAUAGAAUAAAAAUGACAUCCGGGCAUCUGGAAAAAUGGAAAGAUACCAUGUAGUAGGGUCUGUGUGCCAGACCCUUUAUAAACAUUAUCUAAAUCUUCAACUCUGAAUAGACAACAGCCUGAUUUUAAAGGUCAGAAAACUAGCUUGAGUGAUCAGGUGCUUCAGGAGGGCUGACUAGUCGUGGGCCUGGGUUAGCAUCCCAGCUCACCACCUAUCAGCUGUGACUAUGAGCAAGUUCUUUUAAACUAAGCUUCAUUUCCUUCAUAUGUAAAAUAAAACUAACGGUUAUCUACCUCACAGAAUUGUUCUAAGGAUCAAAUGCGAUAACCUUGGUGAAGUAUUUAGUGCAGUGCCUGGCGCGUAACGAACAGUAAGAAUAUUAGCAUCAUUCCUGUUGACCCAGAUCACGUAGCUGUACCUGUCUCUACAGCCUGUGUUCUUUCUCCACCCCCACACCGUCUCCCAGGCAUGGAAUCCUUCCGUGUCUGGAAUAUUCUGAGCUCCUAGACUGGAGAUGGUGUGUGCGCACUGGUUGGCGAGCCUCCCCAUCCAGCGUAACAGAAACCUGUGUCUACGCAGACACUAACUCGGCUUCCAAGGUCAGUCUAGGUCUGUUCCAUGAGGUGAGACCACAGGCCUCACUUCCUGGAAGUGGUAGGGCUUUGGUUCCUAGACGGAGGCAGUCACAGAACCAAGCACUGUGGUCAGCAGAGGACAGGAGAUAGACAAAACGGUGACCGCAGUCCCCAGCUGAGGCGGGAGUGGAGAGUGUCGGUCUGGAGCUCCUGGAUUCGAGGGAGCACAUCUGAGUAUGUCCUUCCUUGGUCUGCUGACACUCCACUGAGCUGUCCAGACCCACUUCACCUCCUAGGCCUCCUGGCUUCCAUACCCCCGCAUGGCGCUCUCCAGGCGAGCACCGAGCAGCUAACACAAGCUGCUGGCCAGUCCCCAUGCCUUCCUCCAGAGACCGGCUGAACCGCCCAGAAGGACCCUGAAGAGCGUGCUCCGGGACAAGCAAUAAAUAAGAAAAAUACAGAAAAGAGUUCCUCUUUGGCACAGGACCCCGAGGGCCAAGCCCAUAUGCAGAAUACCAGUAGUUUUCACUUCCACGACUGCAUUUAAUUGUGGCCCCAAAUGGGGCAAGAUCACAAAAGGGGGCAGAGGGGGCUACCAGCUCCUACAGAAGGGGGUUUCCGAGUGGCCAAAUGCUGCAAUGAGAAGCAAGCAAGCAAAUUCAUAUAUAGGAAAGCUGGGCUGAAAAGGAAAACAUGUUUGAAAACCACAACUGUGAAUGUUUUAUCACAGCAGUGGGGGUUGGCAGGGACCAAAGGUGGAUGAUGCCCGUGGGGUGCUUUUGUCUUAACGCUGAAAUAAGCCACUGGACGGUGGGGAGGGUGUUACAGUGGGGCUAGGGGAUCCCCCUGAGCAGUGGCCUCCAAAGCGAGCACACACUCCUGGGAAUAUACAAGAUGUACACUGGGAAACAGGAAAGAAUUAUUAGUCCAUGCCUUCAUAUUUAGUUUUCCUCUUUUCUCAUUUCUAUUUUUUAAUGUUUUGUGAUGUAGAGAACAUGCUAA